UUUCUCAUCGCUGGAGAAGCAGUCAAUACUCAAUCCAUUUACAUCGAUUGGAUGGUAAACAUAACACAAUUGACGAGUUUUGAUCUGCAGACUGCUACAUUUCGGACUCGGAUUGGGAAUUUUCUGCUGGUUUCGCUAAGUACAUUCACAUCACUGCAUAUGUGUCGGUAUGCUACAGAACAGACGGUGAUCAGCACAGCCUGGAAACAAUAUGUGCCAAGCUGCGGCUCCAUAUAUGCUGCGCACAUAGAAUGUGUUUGGGAUUGCGCAAAAAGUAAAUAUCAUCUUGGAGAUGACACUUCAAACCUGACACUUUAGAGAUAAUAGCAUGUUGCCAUACUGCGAACACACAAACCGAUUGAAACUAAACACUGCAAGACGGCCACAAAUUGUUCAAACUGUUAACACAAGGAGCUUUGAUUCCGUCGAUUGCAGACCACGAUGAGUAAACGCGGAGAAUAUGAUGUUAGACGUGUGGGUUGUAUAGCCCUGAUGGCGGUUAUAGUUGUACUCAAUAUUCGAUUUUCUUCUGCUCGAAAUAACUUGCUCAGUCUGCGGAGCGUAUGCCCUGAGUCCGCUGGAAAUGCCUUCCGGCCAGCAGCGGAUCGAUCGAAACGUUUCAUUACUUACAAUGGCGGCGGUAUUGUCAAAGUAAGUCGUGUCCCAGACCGAUAAAUUGCGCGACAAUACUUUCUUCUAUUUUCAGUUGGUUCUCGGCACAUCGUUUCCAAUUGUCCUGGCGGACAAGAUGCGCUCCCUCAAUGUAUUCUAUAAUUUCCAAAUGCAAUACACCCCACCGCCCAUACCGCUGUACUGGUGGAGUCUUUACAACACAUCCACAUUUGUUGCACGCAAACAGCGUUCCAUUGAACGGUUGCGGCAGAGCGAUAACAGCCGCAGUCAAUUCUAUGAUUUCAUGGAUGCAAUGUUCCACAGGACGGACAACUCCAGCGGUGAUUGUUUAUUAAAGGUCAUUUGUGAAUUGGCACGUGCCCCACUAAGCGAAGAUGUUAUCCAGCGUCAACAAGACGACCUCCCGACCGCCGACGACGGCGAUGAUUAUGGUCGUAGUAUUUUCCAUGGACUAAUAAAUACGAUUUUCACGCCGUAUUUUCCAAAUGUGUCUGAACGCUAUGUGGAUGCUGCUAAGGCUGGCGCUAACGGAGCUGGCUGUGACGAAUUGUAUGGCGAAUGUUCGAGUAUUGAUGAGUGGCUCAAACGUUUAACGAUUGUAAUGUAAAAAAAUAGGGGACAACAACAAUAAAAACUUCGCGCUAAUUUCGCCAAAAGGCGACAAAUAUCUGGUUGGUUAUUAGUGUAUUUUUGUUACUCG